GGCGCGGCGGAGAUAUUGACGUUAGCGAGCGGCUUCCCGUCCGACGUCGUCCGCGUUUCAGUCGCCGUCAGGCAGUAUGUUGAGCGUGACCGGCUCAGGCCGACGAUGAAACAUAAAUUCCGUGAUCUCUUCUCUUGUUCGAAUAGCUCCUCGGAACUCUCAAACAACAACAACACCACCGCCAGCAACAAUAACCUACCGGCAGGUAAUCAUGCACAGAACGGGAAGGAAGGAGUCCAGUGGCGGAGCGGGAUGGGGGGCCGGGGCCUGGGGCUGGGCCUGGGGGGCGCGGGCUCGGGAGGCGGAGGGAGCGGGGGCGGCGCGGGCGGCUCCGGCGGGGAGGCGGAAACGGACGACCAAGACGAUGGGCCGCGAGGAGACAAGCUGGAGGGGGCGGACCCAGCUCAGGAUGACACUCUUCACCUCCAGAGACGGGUGGGACUCCUCAGUGGGGUGGCUCUAAUCGUCGGAACCAUGAUUGGUUCCGGCAUUUUUGUUUCCCCGUCAGGCCUGAUGGUGCGCACUGGUUCCAUUGGCAUGAGUUUCGUCAUUUGGAUCGCAUGUGGCGUUGUCUCUCUUUUUGGGGCGCUGGCCUAUGCGGAGCUGGGGACGAUGAACCCGAGCAACGGGGCCGAGUACGCUUACUUCAUGGACGCGUUCGGCCCGAUCCCUGCAUUCCUCUUCUCGUGGGUCUCCACGCUGGUGCUCAAGCCCUCGCAGAUGUCCAUCAUCUGUCUCAGCUUCGCCAAGUACGCCGUCGAGGCCUUCGUCGACGAGUGCGAGCCCCCAGAGCUCUCCGUCAAACUCGUCUCCGUCCUCACAAUACUGGUAAUAUUGGUGGUAAACUGCUAUAGCGUCAAUUUAGCCACCGGUGUGCAGAACACGUUUACCGCCGCUAAGUUGUUUGCUAUUCUCAUCAUCAUCGUAGGAGGUUUAUAUCAGCUUAUGAAAGGCAACACGAAAAAUUUGGAGAACAUGUUUGAAGGAACAACUUCAUCUGUUGGCAAUCUUGCGACGGCAUUUUACACGGGUCUGUGGGCGUAUGAUGGUUGGAAUAACCUGAAUUAUGUCACAGAAGAAAUUAAAUCACCAUCAAAGAAUGUUCCUCGGUCAAUCAUGAUCAGCAUACCCCUGGUAACAAUCUGUUAUGUUUUAAUAAACCUCUCUUAUCUGGCUGUGAUGUCACCUGCUGAAAUGGUUGAGUCGGAAGCGGUCGCAGUGACUUUUGGAAAUCGAAUCCUUGGGCUAAUGGCAUGGUUAAUGCCGCUGUCAGUGACCAUAUCAACCUUUGGUUCAGCAAACGGAACGUUGUUUGCCGCUGGUCGGUUGUGUUUUGCAGCGAGUCGUGAAGGACACCUAUUAGAUAUUUUGUCAUAUGUCCACGUCAGGCGAUUGACUCCUGCUCCGGGGCUAAUAUUCCACUCAAUUAUUGCCAUUGCCAUGGUCAUGUCGGGUACAAUCAACUCACUCAUCGACUUCUUCAGUUUCACGGCGUGGAUUUUUUACGGUGGCUCAAUGCUUGCUGUUAUUGUCAUGCGCUAUACUAGACCUAACUUCCCGAGACCCUACAAAGUUCCAAUUAUCAUACCAUGGGCGGUGCUUUUGAUUUCUCUGUAUUUAAUAGUAGCUCCUAUUAUCGACUCUCCGCAGAUCGAGUACCUGUAUGCAUCAUUUUUCAUCUUUGCAGGCCUUCUAGUCUACGUUCCAUUUGUUCACUACAAGGUCAACUGCAAAUGCAUGGAGAAAUUCACCGUUUUUUGUCAACUAUUACUGGAAGUUGCGCCGACGAACAUCACCUAUGAUUGACAUCCGUUAGUGUUGUUGAAGAAGCAAUGUUUUGCAAAUAAUAAUAUCACAUAUCUUUCAGCAACAAUGCUCCGGCGCCGUAUGAAUUUAGCAGUUAAGUUCUUUACCUAUUUUUUACUAAUACUUUAUUUUUCAACAAAAAGAGCUCCUUUUAAAGGAGACAUAAAUAAAAUCUCAUUGUGGAAAUGCUCUAGUUAUAAGGCAAUCUAAUUGUAAAGGUUUGAGAUGGCUAGGGAUCGUAGGUAUAACCAUGUUAUUUACUUUAUAAUGUUAAAUUAUUAUAAUAAAAUUCAAAGAAAUAUCCUGCCCGGCAAGUGAUCGCAGAAAGGGUUGCAAAAAGGUUGUCCCAAUAUUGACGCCUAAAGAAGGGCCACUGCAACGUUUUCGUAACUUUUUGGCCUUCUCGGGUGGGAUGUGAGACCACAUUGAAAUUCUUUUCCAAAUUAUUUUGACGCGGAAAGAUGAGAGAUAAAAUUACUGGGGCACCAUUGGAGAGGGUCCCCAUGCAAAACUGACUAAAUAAAAUUUCAACAUAAUAAUCUAAUUAAUCCUUCAUGUUGGUAUCUAAUCAAAUGAAAACACCAUGUAAUUAAUAUUCGUUAUCAAAUGAGUUUUUGAACAUGACCAUAACUUGCCAUACCCGUUUAUUCUUCCUGUAGCUUCCUGGAAUAUCAGCUCGUGAUCAUCGCACUGUUAUUCAAAUGCUUGUACCUAACAAAAGUGAUUCUGAAAAGUCUGUAUCAAGGCUGGGGUGUUUUCACUCUUAAUAUUUGCUCAUGCGUUUAAUUUCUGAAGAGAACAAAACUUAGAAUCGCUGCAUGAAGUUUUAAGAGAAUAUUCCUUGCAGAUAAGUUGCAAAAACCUCUGUUCAGUUACAAUGAUAAAUCGGCCUUCAAAUGCACCACCUAAAAAAGUCGGAUACAAAAUCUUUACCUACUUGAACUCAAAAAUAAAUUCACUUUUUAUCCAACCUACCAAAAAAGAGAUACACUGGUGCUAAGACUUGAAAAUCCCUGUUUGGGUAUUACUUUCGUUUAAUAAAUGCAUUUUGUUUCUAUUGUACCCUUAAUAUCAUUCAGCUCAAAUAAUUUUGAUCCCUAGCUGCAACAGAUCAAUUAUUUUUAUAAUGUAGGUAGAUAAUAUGUUGUUUAUAGAUUGUUAUAACAUUAUCUUUGUUAUUGUUGUUGAUCCCCAUUUACUUGUGUUUCCGAAAUUGAUCUUCUUUUUUUAUGCACUUCUUUACACAUUUGUUCAUUUCAUAU